GUUAGGAUGGUCCGUCCGUUGUUGAUGUGUUUCGUUCUAUGCGUCGUCUCCGGCAGCAGCAAACCCACCGAGAAGAAGAGUCGAGUCCAUGACGAGGAACCGCUCAGCCACCUGGAACACAAUGACAACAAGAACUACGACUACGACCACGAAGCGUUUCUGGGUGAAGACCAGGCCAAAGCCUUCGACCAGCUGCCAGCAGAGGAGAGCAGACGGAGGCUCGGCAUCAUCGUGGACAAAAUGGACGGUGACAAAGACGGGUUUGUCUCUGAAGAGGAGCUGAAGGUUUGGAUCAAAAGGGCUCAGAAGAAACACAUUUACAACAACGUGGAGCGUCAGUGGAGAGACUUUGACGUGAACGAUGACGGUGUGAUCAGCUGGGAGGAGUACAAGAACGUCACAUACGGGAGUUAUCUGGAAGACCCCCAGACGGACUCUGAGUUUGACUACGGUCACAUGAUGUCGAGGGACGAGAGACGUUUCAGAGUCGCAGACAGAAACGGAGAUCUGAACGCCGACAAGCACGAGUUUGCAGCUUUUCUUCAUCCUGAAGAUCACGAACACAUGAAAGACAUUGUGGUGCAGGAAACGAUGGAGGACAUCGACAAGAACAGAGACGGUUUCAUCGACCUGAAGGAGUACAUCGGUGACAUGAUUAAUUCAGAAGGUGGAGAAGACGAACCGGAGUGGGUGGAGUCAGAACGGCAGCAGUUCUCUGAGUUCAGAGACAAAAACAAAGAUGGAAAGAUGGACAAAGAAGAAACUCUGGACUGGAUUCUUCCGUUGGAUUACGACCACGCUGAAGCUGAAGCCAAACACCUUCUGCACGAGUCCGACGCCAACCAGGAUGGAAAACUUACCAAAAGUGAAAUCCUUGAGAAAUACGAUGUGUUUGUUGGCAGUCAGGUGACGGACUUCGGGGAAGCUUUACUACAACAUGACGAGUUCUAGAGAAGAUGCAGAUUUUGACAUUGAAAACAUGAUUUUACUCAUGUUUCUAAAGAAUAAUUUAUUCUGUAAACCUACAGUAUAGCUUUAAAUAACUUUGUGAAAAUACGUUUGGAGUUCUGGAUUUAAAACUUUGAGACUUCUGUUACGUUAAACAAAACUUUGGCUGGUCAGUCUGAUCUUUUUACAAUAUUUCCAUAUUUAGGACUUUAUAUUCCAUCCGUUUUCGUUUUGUUUCUCAGUGGUUUCUGUUUCUGUUUAAAGAGUCUUUCUGCUGCUGUGAUCUGUUUACUGAACAUUCCUCUCUUUGGUGCCUCACAGUUUUGAUCUGUACAUUUUUUGCUUUCAUAUUUCAUUCAUUUCCUGUCUAUGAUGCCACCGUGACAUUUUCUGAUCUAAGACCACAAAUGUGUUUUAAGAAAAAAACUAAACCGUAGAACUAGUUCAAGAGAAAAUGAAGAGUAAAGAUGUGGAAAUGUCAUGAAAAUAAUUGUUACUCCUCAUGUUAUAUCACUGAAAAAAUAAUUAUCACAUUUCUCUUGGAUUUGCACACAGACAGAAAUAAUUUUACAGCCUGUUUUUCAAUAAACAUUUACAGUUAAAGAUAUAUAUUAUUUGAUGUUUGUUUUGAUUUAACUAACCCUUCAAUACUACAGAGUUUAAUAGUGUGAACAGUUGAAUCUGCAUUAAGUGCAGUUAUAAAAGUUCAACUACUACACAAGCAUGUCAACAUUUCCUAAAGCAACU